AUGGUGUGGCACGCCGACCACUUUCCGAUCUUUGCCAUGUCCGCGCAGCUCCUGCGUCGCUUGGCGCCGUCUCUCGCGCCAGCGCGCGCUCUCUCCCGCGCGGCCGCUUCCUCCCGGUCGAGUAGCCCUAACAUCGAAGCCAAUAAACAGCUGCUGACGGAGACCUUGCGCGAGCUGCGGGCCAGCGAACACUUCGACCUCAUUGUGAUUGGCAGCGGCCCUGCCGGCCAGAAAUGCGCCAUCGACAGCGCGAAACACGGCAACUCUGUGGCUAUUGUGGACAAGCGCGACAUGUUGGGGGGCGUCUGUGUGCACACGGGCACUGUGCCGUCUAAGACCUUUCGAGAGGCCACGCUGCAUCUGACGGGAUACCGCCAUCGGGUGUUCUAUAACGGCCAAGCAAGACCGAGUAAGCGCGUUGGGGUGGAAGAUAUUUUGCAGCGUGUGAACAAGGUAGAGAAGGCGGAGACGGACAUUACGCGGCAUCAGUUGAUGCGUAAUGGCGUGCAGCUCAUCACUGGCACUGCGAGGUUUAUGCCGGGAAAUAGCCACAUGAUUGCUGUCUUGUCGAACGAGUCGUACGAGACGGCAACAGAUGCAAAGCGGCACUCGAGUGCGAACAUUUGCAAGCGCGUGCUAACAGCGGACAAUUUCUUGGUGUGCGUGGGUACUCGACCAGCUCGUCGUGCGGACAUCCCGUUUGAUGGUGAGACGAUCUUCGACAGCGACCAAUUGCUCUGGGGCAAGGUCAAGGCGGUCCCACGUAGGCUGAUUGUUGUCGGUGCUGGGGUGGUGGGGAUGGAGUACGCGUCAAUGAUGUCUAUUAUCCCUGGUACGGAUGUCACGGUGAUCGAUGGCCGCAAAGAGAUUCUCGAAAUGGCGGACAAGGAGGUGUCGGAAGCGCUGUGUUAUUCCAUGGCUCAAACGGGAACUCGUUUCCUCGUAGAUGAGGUCAUUAAGAGUGUCGAGAAAUCUGCGAAAGACGAAGUCCGCGUGCAUCUCGAGAGUGGCAAGACCGUCGUUGGUGAUGGUCUGCUGUACACGGUUGGACGUCAAGGCAAUGUGGAGGGCUUGAACUUAGAGGCAGUGGGCCUCGCUCCGGACAAGCGCGGGCGCAUUAUAGUCGAUAACAAUUUUCAGACUGCCGUGCCCCACAUUUAUGCAGCGGGUGAUAUCAUAGGAUUCCCAGCACUCGCGUCGACUUCGAUGGAGCAAGGACGUCUCGCUUCCGUUCACAUGCGCACGUCCAAGUCAUUUUACACGAAGGAGAUAUCUGAUGACAAGAAGAUGGAUGACCCAGAUCGUGUGCGCACUCGCAUGCGCUCUGGCGAAGUCUUUCCUUUCGGUAUCUACACUGUUCCGGAGAUUUCGAUGGUUGGGAAGAACGAGCAGCAGCUGACAAGGGAGCAGAUGCCAUACGAGGUCGGCAUUGCUCGUUACGAAGAGCUAGCGAAGGGCCAGAUGCUUGGAGGUGUGCCGGGCUUUCUCAAGAUCAUUUUCUGUCCACAGACACUGAAGCUUCUCGGUGUCCACGCUAUUGGCGAAGGUGCCACGGAAAUCAUUCACAUUGGACAGGUAGUCAUGUCCACUGACGGUACGCUCGAGUACUUUCGUAACGCCGUGUUUAACUAUCCGACGCUGGCAGAAGCUUACCGCGUGGCAGCCCUCGACGGUCUUCGCAAGGUCGAUCGCUUGAGGGAAUAA